UGGCCCUCUAGUUCUGCUGAUGCUUUAAUCCUGGGUCACUAAAAGUUUAAGUCUGCAUUAUAGUGGUGCCUUUACUCCUUUUUUGCCUAAAGUUUUCCAGACGGGAAGGAUGUUAGGGAAAUUGCUGCUUGCAUCUGUUUGGGUUACUGUUGCCUGUACUGAACUUUGCAGACCAGAUGCAGAGAAUGCUUUCAAAGUGCGGCUUAGUAUCAAAACAGCUCUGGGAGACAAUGCAUAUAGCUGGGAUGCUACUGAAGAAUAUUUAUUUAAAGCAGUGGUGGCUUUUGCUAUGAGAAGAUCUUUCAGCCAAGAAGCAACCCAAGUUUCCAAUGUGCUGCUUUGCAAUGUAACAGAACGGGUGUCCUUUUGGUUCGUAGUUACAGAUUCAUCUACAAAUAAGACAACUGUUCCCAAGAGUGUUGUGGAAGCAGCCAUAAGGUUGAACAGAAACCGGAUCAACAGUGCCUUUUUACUAGAUGAUAGCACACUACAGUUCUUACAGAUCUCAGCAACUUUAGCUCCACGAGUUGAGCCACCUGUGCCAACCUGGCUGAUUGUCUUUGGUGUUUCUUUUUGCCUGGUUGCGGUUGGGAUUGUUCUCCUUAUCAUCUCUGGAAUCCAUAAAAACAGGAGGCGUAACAAGGAACCUGAAGAAACAGAAGAUUUAGAAGAGAAAUGUGAAACAACUAUAACUGUGGAAAAUGGAAUUCCUUGUGAUACUUUAGAUUUAAAAGCUGGCCAGAUCAAUGGAGUCUAUGCAGCAGGGGAUGAUGAGCGAUUGACACCCUUUUGAACAGUUCUCUGUUGCUCACAGACCCUUUCUGAAACUCUGCCCUUGUUUUCUCUAAUGAAUGUUGAUUGUCAAAUGAGAGAAAAGUAUCUCUGACCUUUGCCUUUUUAUUUCCUCAUGGAACACUUCCUCCAGUAAGCCAUGCACAUACACAUAUCCACACCUCAAAAUGUUAUUCAUGUAAAGAUGAAAUAUAACUCCAAGCAUUCUUUGGAUGCACCAGAGAUUUGAGGCAAAGGCUAUUUUCCAGCAUGUACUCUGCUUUUAUUGUUUUUCUUUUUUAGUUGCCUUUUAUCCUUUGUUUUACUUUUCUUGGAAUAGUGGCGUAUAAAUUGCUUUGUUCCGAUAUAUUAAUCAGUGCAUUGGCCUGCAACUCACAGCUGCCACCAAAUUCACUUCACUUCACUGCUGCUCCUCGAGAUUUGAAAAACUGAUGAGCAAAAGCAAUUUUUGCAUUUGAGAAAUAGCAGCUUUUUAGACCCCCAUGAGGCCAUUGUAGCUGUCAAUGGCACUUGAUAUAAAUUUAUGUUUUAAUCUCCUGCCAUGAGCUCUGGUUUUAUAGAUUUGGAUAGCACUUCAAGAAAUAAAGGGGAAAACCAGACUCUUCCAAUAAAUAUAUAUCCAUUUUUGAA